AUGAGCAGAGGGGAGCAUUUCCGGCUUAUAACUCUGCCUGUUUCUUGAUAUUUUGUGUAUUUAUUCCUGAACUCAUCGUCUCAAAAGUAACUUUAUCGCGGUUUCUUUGUCGGAAUAAAGACAGCGGUGUCAGGACGUGACUGAAACAUGGAGACAGGAGGCCGGCUCGCUGCUCUCUCGUUACUUGUGUCCGCUGUGUUUUCUGCCGGUGUUUAUACUUUCAGCCCUGAUCAGAUCGACCCUCUGCUGUAUGAGGAGCAGCUGCUGUGGGUGAGCGGAGCCAUGGGGCAGGUGAACACCUACAGGAUCCCCCUCCUCACCUUCACCCCCAAAGGAAGCCUGCUGGCCUUCGCAGAGGCUAGAAAGUCAUCGGCCGCCGACAUAGGAGCAAAGUUCAUCGCAAUGCGGGGGUCCACAGACAAAGGAAACACCUGGUCCCCGACCGCCUUCAUAGUCGAUGAUGGGGCGCAGCGGGACGGCCUCAACCUGGGCUCGGUGGUGGUGGACGAGGAGGUGGGCUCAGUGAUUCUGGUCUACUCGGUCUGCUUCCACCUCUACAACUGCCAACCGUCCAGCACCAUGAUGGUGGAGAGCAGGGACGACGGCCUCAGCUGGAGCCAGCCCCGAAACCUGUCGGUCCAGCUCGGAGUGAAGAACUUUGCUCCUGGGCCGGGCUUCGGCAUCCAGAAGCGCUAUGAACCAGCUAAGGGGAGGUUGGUGGUGUGUGGUCAUGGGACGCUGAUGGGAAACGGAGUCUUCUGCAUCCUGAGUGACGACCACGGGCAGAAAUGGUACAAUGGCGCCGCACUGAAGAGCAUCCCCUACAACCAGGAGAAGAAAGCACAGGACUUUGACCCUGACGAGUGCCAACCGGUUGAGAUGACGGACGGCAGCAUCGUCAUCAACGUGCGGAACCAGAACAACUACCACUGUCGGUGUCGCAUUGUGGUCCGCAGCAAUGACGGUGGAUUGUCGCUGCCGAUAGACGAUCUGUUCUUUGACUACGAGCUGAAGGAUCCGGCAGUCGCAGCUGGAGCUCUGCAGAAAGACGGCGUGCUCUUCUUCACCAACCCCUCCAAUGAGCACAGCAGAAUCAACAUGACCUUGCGUUGGUCGUUGAAUGAUGGCAAAACUUGGGAGAAAGAAGCAGUGCAGAUUUGGGCGGGGCCCAGCGGCUACUCCAGCAUCACGUCACUGGUCAGCGGCUCUCCAGAGGACCAGAAGUACAUCUACGUAAUCUACGAGAAGGGCCACAAAAACAGUGUCGAAACUGUCUCGUUCGCAAAGAUCCACCUGUAUGGCGGCCGGUAGAGCAUGUGAGACGCAGAUUUAAACAUUGGAAGGAAAGGGAAACAGGAAGCUGUUAUUUACUCCCACGACUUUCUCAGGAAAAAAUGAAACACUUUUUCACACUAUAAUAUGGACUAUGGGGAAAUGGGAGGCACAACACCAUGAACGUGGAAACGGUUUGUGCUCAGUGUGUGAUGAUCUUAAAUGCAAUUUUGUCUUUACUGACCUUUCUCUUCUCUUAAAUUCCCACAUUUGAUGAAGUUACAGGAACUCUUGUGUCCAUUUUUCUGUGUUCAGAUAUGUUGCCAAAUCUAUGUAUGUUUUUUUUGUUGCUAAAAGCAUUUGCACAGCCACAAUAUUUUUUAUUUUAUAUCCUUGACAGAACUAAAAUAUGACCAAGCAAGGGACAAUUAAAUGUAGAAGAAUAUUUUUAGACCAAAUAUACCAGUUUCUAAGCAACUUUAAGGGUAACUUACUUAUUUUUCAACGCCGAGCCUAUUUUCUCAUGUUUUAGUGUCUAAGUGAUGAAUGGGAACAGCAAUUUCUAAAAUUGGUCCAGUGUUGAGUGAGACUUCUGUAGCUGGCAGCGGCGAAACAGGCUGCAAUGUAACUACUCUGGGCAUUUUGCACAGUCAAUUUACAUGUGCUAUAAGUUGUUGUUUUUUUUGCCACUGACAGGCUCUAAUUUUUAUUCUUAGUCUAUCAACAUUAUGAAAAGCUUCCCAAUGUUGAAAAGUAAGAUCUUUUUUGUUUAACCAUAACCAGCCCCAAAAUCGUAGUUGUUAAACCCACCAGACUCCAUAUAAAUAAACAGUUAUUUUAGCGUGUAUAGAGCGAACAUAUUUCCAUAUCUAACUGGCUGAAUUAAGGGUUUAUUUCAACCAAACCGGAGUUGGUUAUUGUUGGUUAAGAGGAUGGCUUCUCUGAGUUUUAUUUUGUUUUUGUCAACUUUGAAUUAAAUGUUUUUAAUGAAGAUAAAAUAAAUGUUUGUUAAUCAAACAGUAAGGAUCUAUGGGGAUCCGUAAUGUAACAUUGUCAGAAAUUUAUAAUAAUAAUCUGAGUCCGUCAGUUACAAAAACAAGCACUUUUAGUGAACAUAAGUUGACGAUGAUCAGUCACCCCCUAGUGGUUACAUUGCAGCCAGUUUUGUUGCUGCUUGAUUCAGUGCUUCCUCAAUACUGGACCAUUUCCAAAAACUGUUGUCUCCAAACAUGUUUUACAUUAAAUGUUGAUAAGGUCCUAAAAAUAUCACACUUGUGUCUCCCUUAAAGAGGAAAGCUUAAGACUUUUAGCAGUUUGAACAUGGUGUUAAUGCAAUAUAGAUUUCAAACACCUCUGACAUCUAUCACUAAUUCACCUCACAAACUGACAGUCACUGUAUGUAAAUCACUGUUGUGAAAUGAUUCCUAUUUGCUCGGAUGAAAGAAUUUAAUGCUGAAGUAGCCUACCUUUAAUUCUUUUAUUUGGAUCUGUGCUUGUAAUUAUAAUUAAUGCCUUUACUGAAAUGCGAGUGUGCCAUGAAUACAUGCUGAUUGAAAAUGGCUCUGCCUUUAUAAAACCUGAAAUUGUGUGAAAUAAUGUGAAUAGACAUAUAUGGGGUUUGAGUGGGUUUAGAAAACAAUAUAGAUAGAGUAAAAAAAAAAAAUGUGUGUGUUUGCUUGAGUGUGAGUGAAGAGAUGAGAACAUAAUGUAGCCAAAGUACCCUUUUUUGUACUUGUGCAAUUUGCACUUGUGCAAAAUGUAUUCUGAUGUUUUGUAAUCAGCCUGAAAUUCACUCUACUGUACAAAUUUGGAUUCUCUUUUUUCCAAAUCAAGUAUCCAUUUAUGCCCUGUAUUACCAGCACUGUGCAUGGAGCUACAUUAUUAUGAUGCAGGACAUUAAUUGAUCUGUACAAUCUGUAAAAUAAAUAAAUGAUUUCUAACAAUAA